AUGGCACAGCAGGACAACUCGGUGAUAAGAAGAAAGCUUGUCAUCAUCGGUGAUGGCGCCUGCGGCAAGACCAGUCUCCUCUCCGUCUUCACUCUCGGCUACUUCCCCACACGAUACGUCCCCACCGUGUUCGAGAACUACGUGACCGACUGCCGUGUCGACGGCAAAUCCGUCCAGCUCGCCCUCUGGGAUACCGCAGGGCAAGAAGACUACGAACGCCUACGGCCAUUAGCAUACAGCCAGGCUCACGUCAUCCUCAUCGCAUUUUCCGUCUCCGGGCGAGAUUCCCUCCAAAACAUCACCACCAAAUGGCACCCCGAAGUCCUCGACCGCUGCCCCGGCGUGCCCAUAAUCCUCGUCGGCCUGAAAAAGGACCUCCGCGACGACCCCGUAGCGCAGGAAGAGAUGCGCAAACGUUCCGAAAAGUUCCUUACGCCGGAAGAAGGCGAAGACGUGCGGAGGCGGAUACAAGCGAAGAAAUACCUCGAGUGCUCCUCGCUGACGGGCGAGGGAGUGGACGAUGUCUUUGAAGCGGCCACGCGGCAGAGCCUGCUGAGCGCCGACCGAAAGGAGAGGAGCGGCUGCUGCGUCGUCCUUUAG